CAAAUCCGCCCAUGGGUACCAAGUGUUAACGGGGUGUGCUGAGGCUGAAGUAAAAUCAUUGCGUGAGCUCCACUUCAAAAUGAAUGCCGACAGAUAAACCACAGCGCCUAAGAACAAUAGAAGGGGAAAUGCAGAAGAAGGAACGUCAAGAGUCAUAAUGUAUCAAAAGUUGCUAAAAGAGUUUCAAACAUGCAAAGUACUGGUAUUGUCGUCAUUCCUGUUAACAUUAUACAAACUUUUAGAAGAAUAUAUCGAGAAUGCAAUGGAACUUCACUUGCUUGACGAUCCACCGAACAACCAAACACCAUGGGUUCCUGAUUUCCUAACUAAAAUGCUGCCUUCACUGCAAAACUUGAACAGUAUUAUUACAAGAGUUGACACAGUUCGUUCGUCUACUUCUCGCACACAGACACAGCCAAAUGAUUCAAGCGCUAGGAAUUCUCUUGGUCUCACUACUCCUAAUUUCUUACUAACUUUUAUUGAAAACCUCAAGGAAUCGCUUGAAAGUAUUCAACCAACCGGUACUACUACCAAUCAAUGUGAAGGCAACUCAAACGAACGGAAUCGGCCGGAGUCACGAUUAAGUCCGAUCCUAGUGCCUCCUCCGCCGCCAACUUUCCACGACAGUCCAGAACCGCCAACUUACCGCCCGAUACCAACACCGCCAACUUACCGCUCGAUUCCAACACCGCCAAUUUACCAUCAAAGUCCAGCACCGCCUGUACGGCCUCGUCAUUUUUCGCCAUUACUCGCACCAUCUAUGGGUGGUGGCAUAAGUCGGCCGUCGAGACCGCCUCGCCCCGCGCAGGGAACGCCUUCGCGCCCUUACCGCAACUCGCGCUGGCAUCGUCCCCCGCACCGACAUCGCUCCCCGAAGUAUGAGCCGUACUACCCGCGACAUCACAACUAAACCUUUCCAUACGGAUUCAAUAAUAUUUUUGAUGUAACUCAUUCAACUUCUCUAGUUAUUUAUAUAACAAUGACUGUGUAUUUUAAGUGUUGUAAACAAAUAUAAAAUGUAAAUAUGGCAUUUCAAAAUAAUAACCUACUUUCAAGAAAAUAAAUUGAAAUGAAAAUUAUUAUUACAAAGAUAUUUAAAAAAGCAUUAAAGACAAUGCAUAGUUUAUUAUUAAGGAUAAUCUAUCUUUUAAACUUAUGUAGAACACCUAAAUGGGACCUUUAUAUCUAAUAUUAAUCGAUUUAUUUAUCGAUCUAUGUUCUAGUAACAUGAUUAUGAUCACGUGUGAUUUAGAAAAUAAAAAUUAUAGCAAUGUGAGCAAUUGCGUCACUAUUUGGUAUUUCUAAUUAGAUUAGAACAUGAGCAAUGUCCAUGCCUACAUAUAUCACUCCUUAGAAAUUAUGACAGAGUCACUAUUUUGAACCCCACUGUUGGGCUAAGGUCUCCUUUUGAGGCAGUUUAGAAAUUAUUCCACCAGCCUGCUCAAAUGCGUUUUGGUGGAUACACAUGUGUCGUAACGAUGUUUUCUUUCAUCGCUGAGGUUGUGAUGAAUUAUUAUAAACAUAAAUUUAGCGAAUGAGAGGUACUUAACAGGGUUUUAAUCGGCAAUCUUCGUUUAAAAUUAACAUGUUCUAUCGCAUCGAAGAGACGCAAAAAAUAUCCUAUUGUACCGUUUAAUGUAUGAAAAGUUGAAUGAUUGUUAAUUGCAAUAUUUAUUUAAUUGUACAUACUUUUACGUAAUGUGCAUUAUUCAUAAAUACAUUAAUGUUUCGAAUGUUGUCCUACAA